AGGAGGAGCAAGAGGGGGCCCGGGUCACGAGGCCCCAGCACUGCCGGAAAGGACUCUCCACCCCCACCAGCGCCAACACUUGGGCAGGGGGGUGUUCAAAGCCAGAGGUGAAACCCAAGCGAUACGGGAAGCUGCUGCUUCCCUGCCUCAGUUUCCCCUCUGCGUGCAUCCGGGUCCGUCACUCCCAGCCGUGCAUUGGUCGGGGUCCUCCGAGGCCCGGAGCCACUCCAGCGCCUGGGGGGACGGAAGGUGAGGCCCUGAGGGGUGAAGGCUCGGUCCGUCGCCGGCCGGGGGCGGGGCCGCGGGGCCCGCGCUCAGAGAUCCCCGCCCGCCGGUUUCCUCCGGGGUCAGCCCGGCUCCUUAUCAGGCGCGGCCAGUCGGCCAGGCCCUUAUCUGUGCCGGUCCAGCAUCCUCCGGCGCGGCCGGGGGUGAGAGGGAGGAAACUGGGCCGCCGGGGGCGGGGAGAGGGCGGGCCGGCCAGGAGCAGCUCACUUUCCCUCGAGGGAUCCACGCCGCCGUCGCCGCGGCCUUUGGGAGCCCGGGAAGAGGCGCGGCCCCGACGCUGCUGCCGGGAGGGGGCGGCAAGCUCCCGGCGGCCCCGACCGCCGCCGAGGCCGCAUCCGAUUGGGGCCACGGAACCCGGCCUGGAGCCCUGAAGGACAGAGCCAGGGCACUCACCGGACAGCAGGACCAGCGCCGGGGGGGUACCCACUAAGGGAGAGUCCAGGCCAGCUUCUCCAGAGCCUAGGUAGGGAUAACAGGGCAGAGAGGCCAGGAGUCCCAGAAGUUGCUGGGACACUGCAAGCCAUGGAGCCAAACCGUCUAAGCAGAGAUGCAAAGGAGUGGAUGCUGAUGCGGGCUCCAGGUGAGCACCCCCUUGGGGUCCAUGUGCCCGCCCCAGGCCCAGGCAGAGGUGGGCCCCACCAUGACUGAGAAGGCUGAAAUGGUGUGUGCCCCCAGCCCAGUGCCUGCUCUGCCCCCCAAGCCCGCCUCGCCUGGGCCCCCGAAAGUGAAGGAGGUUGGCCACCAAAGCUCCUCACCCCCCAGGCUGCCUCCUGGUGUGCCAGUGAUCAGCCUGGGCCACACCAGGCCCCCAGGGGCAGCCGUGGCCACCACGGAGCUGAGUGCCCUGCGGCCCCCGCUGCUGCAGCUCUCUACCCUGGGAACCGCCCCAACCCCCCUGGCCCUGCAUUAUCACCCUCACCCUUUCCUCAACAGCCUCUACAUUGGGCCAGCAGGACCUUUUGGCAUCUUCCCUAGCAGCCGGCUGAAGCGGAGACCGAGCCACUGUGAGCUGGAGCUGGCCGAGGGGCACCAGCCCCAGAAGGUGGCCCGGCGUGUGUUCACCAACAGCCGGGAGCGCUGGCGGCAGCAGAACGUGAAUGGUGCCUUCGCAGAGCUCAGGAAGCUGCUGCCAACGCACCCGCCCGACCGGAAGCUGAGCAAGAACGAGGUGCUCCGCUUGGCCAUGAAAUACAUUGGCUUCCUGGUGCGGCUGCUGCGCGACCAGGCGGCCGCUCUGGCCGCAGGCCCCGCCCCGCCCGGGCCCCGCAAACGGCCGGCGCCCCGAGCCCCACACGACGGCUCCCGCCGCGGGCCUUGUCGCAGGGCCGAGGCCGCGGUGCGCUCGCAGCCCGCGCCCCCGGCCGGCCCCGACGGCAGCCCCGACGGGGCGGCCCGGCCCAUCAAGACGGAACGAGCGGCCGUGAGCCCUGAGGUGCGGUGACCUCCGCGGCGUUGCCUCUGAGCCGAGGAGCACCGGGAACUCCGCCCAGGGCGGUCGGGGAAAGGGCAGCCGAUGCCCUGCGCCUGCUGUGGAGCGAACUGCCCCAAGAGGGACCAGUGAGGACGUCCCCAACGGGGAGAAGGGCCCCGGGGUCCGGAAGGGCGGCUGUCGCCCCCAGGGGUCUUGCAGACCUUUAUAUCUAUAUCACCCGGCGCCCGCUGGAAAUGGCCUUUCCCGCAUCUCCCUCCCGGGGCCGGGGGCCGGGGACCAACAUGGCAGCCUGGUCAUCGGACUAA